AUGGCCAACACCACUGGAGAGCCCGAGGAGGUGAGCGGUGCACUGUCUCCACCAUCAGCAGCGGCUUACGUGAAGCUGGUGCUGCUGGGACUGAUCAUGUGCGUGAGCCUGGCGGGCAACGCCAUCUUGUCCCUGCUGGUGCUCAAGGACCGUGCCCUGCACAAGGCUCCUUACUACUUUCUGCUGGACCUGUGCCUAGCUGACGGCAUACGCUCUGCCGUCUGCUUCCCCUUUGUGCUGGCUUCUGUGCGCCACGGCUCCUCAUGGACCUUCAGUGCGCUCAGCUGCAAGAUUGUGGCCUUUAUGGCUGUGCUCUUUUGCUUCCAUGCGGCCUUCAUGCUGUUCUGCAUCAGCGUCACACGCUACAUGGCCAUCGCCCACCACCGCUUCUAUGCCAAGCGCAUGACACUCUGGACAUGCGCAGCCAUCAUCUGCAUGGCCUGGACCCUGUCUGUGGCCAUGGCCUUCCCACCUGUCUUCGACGUGGGCACCUACAAGUUCAUCCGUGAGGAGGACCAGUGUAUCUUUGAGCAUCGCUACUUCAAGGCCAAUGACACGCUGGGCUUCAUGCUUAUGUUGGCUGUGCUUAUGGCAGCCACACAUGCUGUCUAUGGCAAGCUGCUCCUCUUCGAGUAUCGUCACCGCAAGAUGAAGCCUGUGCAGAUGGUGCCAGCCAUCAGUCAGAACUGGACAUUCCAUGGCCCUGGGGCCACUGGCCAGGCUGCUGCCAAUUGGAUCGCUGGCUUUGGCCGAGGGCCCAUGCCACCAACCCUACUGGGUAUCCGGCAGAAUGGGCAUGCAGCCAGCCGGCGGCUGCUGGGCAUGGACGAGGUCAAGGGUGAAAAGCAGCUGGGCCGUAUGUUCUACGCGAUCACACUGCUCUUCCUGCUCCUCUGGUCACCCUACAUUGUGGCCUGCUACUGGCGAGUGUUUGUGAAAGCCUGCACCGUGCCCCACCGUUACCUGGCCACUGCUGUUUGGAUGAGCUUCGCCCAGGCUGCCGUCAACCCAAUCGUCUGCUUCCUGCUCAACAAGGACCUCAAGAAGUGCCUGAGGACUCACGCCCCCUGCUGGGGCACAGGAGGUGCCCCAGCUCCUAGAGAACCCUACUGUGUGAUGUGA